AUGGGUUUGCAUACUUGGGUCCAAGGUCCGGCUCAUCAAGCACUUCGUCAAUCUCAAACUCUUCAUAUGAAGUGGGAUAUUCUUUCUAAUGGUGGAGUUGUUCAAGAAAUGGCACAUAUUGCUAAUGGAAGAGAUACUGGAAACUGCGUUUCGCUACUUCGAGUGAAUAGUGCAAAUUCAAGCCAAAGCAACAUGUUGAUAUUACAAGAGAGUUGCACAGACACAACAAGAUCAUUUGUGAUAUAUGCACCUGUGGACAUAGUUGCAAUGAAUGUGGUUCUAAAUGGAGGCGAUCCUGAUUAUGUUGCACUUCUUCCAUCUGGAUUCGCUAUAUUACCGGACGGAACAACUAAUCUUUUCAACUACACUGUAAGCACUUGUAGAAUCCAGACUUGA